GAAAUUGUCAACUUUACAGGUGUGGCAACGCUCGAGGCUAUAGGGCAGCCAUUUUUUUCACGCUUUGUAAAAAGUUUUUUUAAAAGCCGUGGAAACCGCAGAAAAGUCAACAAAAUAGCGCUUGGCCAGUUUCAAACGAUUGCGUGGACCAACCGAAUUAUGCAAAACUAAAGAUUGUGUGUGCGCGCCGUGAGUGAACCGAACAAUCGAACAUGGAAACAGUGGUUGCCUUCAACAAUGAGCUCUCCGGACUCUAUGACAGCCGGCCGCCCAUUUCCAAGGCCAAGAUGGCCGCCAUCACCAAGUCGGCGAUGCGCGCCAUCAAGCUGUACAAGCACGUCGUCCAGAGCGUGGAGAAGUUCAUCCUCAAGUGCAAGCCGGAGUACAAGGUGCCCGGUCUGUAUGUGAUUGACUCCAUAGUGCGGCAGUCUCGCCACCAGUACGGCAUGGACAAGGACCUGUUCGCCCCGCGCUUCCAGCGCAAUCUCACCGAGACCUUUGCCAACUUGUUUCGCUGCGCUCCGGAGGACAAGAGCCGCAUCAUCCGCGUGCUGAACCUGUGGCAGAAGAACAACGUCUUCAAGUCGGAGGUCAUCCAGCCGAUCUUCGACCUGGCGGACCCCAAUCACCCCAUCUAUCACCAGAUGCCGCCGGUGGGCAGUGGACAGGGCGGCGGCCUGGGUUCCGGUCCCAGCGGCAGCGGAUCCCUCAGCCUGGCGGACAUAUCGAGUGGUCCCAAUGGACUCAACAGCUCCGGCAUGGAGCUCAGCCUGAACAGCUCCAUGGGCGAGGAUAAGAUGGGCGGGGCCAUGCCCGAUUUGUCGCUGGGCCACGAGAAGUUCAGCGGCGGCGGCAGCAGCUCCAAGCGCCACUACUCGGAGCAGCACUACUCGAAGCGCCAGUCGGGCGCCUCUUGCUCCUCGUCCAAGUCUAGCAAGUCGCAUCACCACAAGCGGGACUAUGGGAAGAGCUCGCACGACCUCGACUACCAGGUGCGCGAGAUGAUCGAGGACGACGACAACGGCAUGAUGAUGGCCGAUGACCACCACUGCAUGGGCGACGAUUCACCGCCCACCUCAUCCAAGAUAAUAGACAAGAAAGAUCUCACUCAGCUGCUGAACGAUCCCAAUGUGCUGCGGCAACUGCAGACGCUGACCAACUUCCAAAAGUUCAAGCAGCAGGAGGAGAACCAGAAGCAUCGCUAUCCGGACGAGGCACUGCAGCAGCAUUUCCAGAACGUAAUGAAGGGAAAUGCUGGCAUGCCGCCGGGCAUGGGAAUGGGAAUGGGCAUGGGCAUGGGCAUGAGUUUGAACGACAGCAUGGACCUCAACAAGGAUGUCGAGUUUAUAUCGGAGCAACAGACCAUUGAGGUGAUCAAUCUGGAUGGAGCCGAUUCGCGCAGUCCGACGCCAGACCGCGAACGCUACAAGCGCAGCCGCAGGAGCAGUCGCAGCCGCUCGAGAUCUCCGCGUGGACGAGGAGCCGGUGGCGCCGGUGGAGGAACGGGCAACGACCGACGGCGACGCAGCUCUCGCUCCCGAUCGCGCAGCCGAUCACCUCGCUCCAGCCGCCGUCGAGGAUCGCGGGACCGGGAUCGCAUGGAUAGGAACAACCGGGACAAGGAGAGGGAUCGCGAGCACGAGCGCGAGCGACGCAAGAAGGGAUUGCCGGACAUCAAGAAGGAGCACCUCAGUGUGUGCAGCACUACCCUGUGGGUGGGCCACCUGUCCAAGCUCGUUUACCAGGAGGAGCUGUCCGACACCUUUGGCGAGUAUGGUGACAUAGUGAGCAUCGACCAGAUUGUACCGCGCGGAUGCGCCUUCAUUGUAAUGAAUCGGCGCCAGGACGCCCACAAGGCCAUGCAGGCGCUGAAAAACCACAAGCUGCAGGGACGCGCCAUCACCAUCUCGUGGGCCGCCGGCAAGGGAGUGAAGAGCAAGGAGUGGAAGGACUUCUGGGACCUCGAGCUGGGCGUCACCUACGUUCCUUGGUCCAAGCUCAGCCCGGAUACCGACUUCGAUGCCCUGGAAGAGGGUGGCAUGUUUGACGAGGACACCAUGCCCAUUCAAAUGAAGCAGAAGAUCAACCAAGCAAAGAACGCCGGUAAGGACAAUAAGGGUCAAUCUGCUGCGGAGGCAGCUGGUGCUCCAGGAGUUGGUGUUCCGCCGCCCGGUAUGAUGUUUGGCAUCGAUACGACCCAACCGCCGCCGCUGGGGCAAGUCGGUGGUCCGGUGGGCCCUCCACCUGGUCCGGGAGUACCGCCACCGGGGCUCAUGGGCAUGGGCAUUAGGGGACAAUUCCCGAUGGCCCCACCCAUGGGCAUCAAUAUGCCGCCGCCAAUGAUGAUGCCGCCAACAAAUAUGCCGCCACCGAUGAUGAUGCCAACGACCAAUAUGCCUCCGCCGAUGAUGAUGCCACCGGCCAUGAUGCCACCUGGCUUUCCAGGCAUUGGGGGACCACCGCAUCCCAUGGCCUUGCCGCCGGGAGCUUCCUUCGCACCUCCCGGAGCGGUGCCACCUCCUAUGCCCAGCGGUGGACCGUCGUCUGCCAAUAGUGGCAACGUGAGCGAUGAUCAAAUGGACAUUGAGAUGGAUUUGGAGGACGCCCCACCUCCGCCGCCGCAACAGCAGGCUAACUUCAAUCCGUCGCCCAACAAUGUCGAGCUUUCGCCGGCGGCCUUGGCCAAUGAAAUGUUCCAGCAACGGGAAAGGGAGCGAGACCGGGAUAGGGAUCGUUCUCGCGGCCCGGGCAACUCGCGUUGGGGUGGACGGGAUGACGUCGUCGAAGCGGCAGACCGUUGGCGCGCCGAAAAUGGUGGAGGUGGUCCAGGACCUGGUGGACCUGGUGGACCCGGACCAAACGCAGCCUUCAACGAGGCACGAGCGCGACUCAACCUAAAUCCUAUUGAUCACGGAAUGCCACGGCCGGACUUUAUGGAUUUUGACAAUCGCGGUGGACCGGGUGGACCUCGGGGAAUGGGACCACGUGGAAACCACAACGGUGGCCCAGGAGGCGACUUUUUCCCGCCCAACAUGAAUCACAACCGAUUCAAUCAGCCCACCAGCCUGAUGCAGAUGCGCAUCCCGCCGCCGGCUUCGUUUAACCAGCGCAUGGGCGGUCCGGCUGGCAACGGUGGCAACGGCGUUGGGCCCAUGUUCAUGCGAAACCAAGGAGGCGGUGGUCCAGGAGGCGGUGGACCAGGAGGUGGUGGACCUGGCGGUCCAGGUGGCCCAGGAGGACCAGGAGGACGACAGCAGGGACCAGGCUUCUUCAACCCUCGGAAUCCCUUCAAUGACAACCAACGAGGACGGGGAGGACAAGGUGGAGGACGUGGCAUGGGCGGAGGAGGAGGCGGCGGCCCUGGUGGACGCGGACGUUGGAGCGACGAUGAAGACGAGGGUGGAAACAACUUCAAGCGGCAACGUGGCGGUCCAGGUGGCGGUCCUGGCGGCAAUCGAUUCCGUGGCGAUCGCGGGGGCGAAAUGAUGGACGAUCGUCGCGGUAACAAUCCACGAGGCGGUCGCGGAGGACCGCGUGAGGAUCGCGAACGUCCAGGCUUUGGAAACAGACGCGGCUCGCGAGACGACAGCAAUCGUCAUUCAAUAAGCUCCGCGGACGAGGGCAGCAAGCCGACUGGCGGCGAACCGGAGUCGCGUCCUAAAAAUGCUGGAAACGCAUUAGCUAACGCCAACAAAGAAGCGCCACCAACGACCACUAGGGUGGACACCGAGGAGGACUGGGAUCAGGAGCUUCAGGACUACGAGGCGAGAAUGGAGGCCCAGAAGCCAGGAGAAAAUGCUUCGCAGACCGCAAACAGUCCGCCGCAGGAAAAGGUUCCAGCGGAGACUCAGAGCUUUGCCAAGCCAGCUGAUGUGGCGAGCGAUUCUGAGGUUCAGAAAUCACAAACCGAUGCUCCAGCCGCCUGCACGCCCCUCUACGACGAGCUGCCACCGCCAGCGGUCCCUCAGGCCCAAGCUGAGUCCUCGAGGGAAGCUGCAGCUUCUUCGCCCCGCCCGGAGCCGCAAGUCAUUCACACAGAGGCUGCGCCCAAAGAGGAUCCCGUUCCAGCGCCGGCUGCUGAACUCCAAACGGAUGCUCCAUCUGCAGAGGAACCCAAAACACAAGCUGCUUCCGCCGUUGCCGAAACCGAAGCCGAUGCAUAGGCGACAGACAGAUCAACAAAGAAACAAACGCAUCUUUGAGCAAAUUCAAGAUAAACUGUAAUUUAUGAUUUUCCUUACCAAGUAACUUAAGUGUAACUCCAUACAUGCGAAAAUUUUACCCUUUUUAACCUGAGAUUACGCAGCAUUUGUUGACGAAAGUGGGUCGGUCGCUUUUAAAAUCAGAUUCAGUUCAUUUCGCGUAAUUUAACUUAUCGAACAAUAGGAACCACAACUACCAAGGACUACGUGAAGCAACAGAUACACACAGAUAUAGUAAAUAAUUAGCAAAGGAAACGGAUUGUAUGGACAGGAAAUUGACAGGGGAGCUUGUGUGGAUGUUGAAGCCCGAUCAUAAACAAAUCAGCAAUCGCAAAACUUGAAAUGUUUAUUAUUUUGUUAUGUAUUUAGUUUUAAGAGUAUAUUUAAAACUCAGAUUGUUUCUAAUGCGCAGAUUCUAGGUACACGCAUAAUAAUGUACAAUUCAAAUAUACCUAUAUUAUCGGAUACUAUAAAAUAAAAAGCGAAAAAUAUCACUUGCAUGUGUAUUUAAA